AUGUCUUUGAACAGUGCUUUCUACACAAUAUUAUUCAGUCUCCCUUUCUUUUUCUGUCUUUCUCACUCUGCAUUUCUCUUUUUCAAUAUUUCUCUUUCUGUCUCUCUCUCUUUUCUCUAUCUCUCUCCCCCUCCCUUUCUCUGCUAUACUUCACUUUUCUCUCUCUUUCAAUUCCCUCAACUUCCGUUUUUUUUUUUCUGUCGCCGUUGUUACGGUAUUUCUGUCCAAUUCUGUUAUUUUCUCUCACAUUGCCCUCAUAAUCUGGUCUUUCUUUCUUUCUUUCUUUCUUUCUUUCUAAGCUUUUCUUUCUUUUCCCCUAAGGGGUUCUGUCACUGUUGUUUCUGUAUUUCUGUCCAAUUCUGUUUUUUUCUCUCACAUUACCCUCAGAAUCGGGUAUUUCUCUUUCCUUCAUUCUUUCUUUCUUUCUUUCUUUUUUCUUUCUUCCUCUCUCUCUUUCUUUCUUCUCUCUCUCUUUCUUUCUUCUCUUUCUCUCUUUUUAAGCCUCUCUUUCAUUUCCCCAAGUUUUAUCACUCUCUGUUUUUCUCUAUAGCUUUUUUUUUCUCCACCUCUCUCUCUCGAUCUCUCACAUUCUCUUUCAUUUGUUUUUAUUCUCUGUCUUCUUUCUCUCUAUUUUCUUUCUUCCUCUCUCUCUUUCUUUCUUCUCUCUCUCUUUCUUUCUUCUCUUUCUCUCUUUUUAAGCCUCUCUUUCAUUUCCCCAAGUUUUAUCACUCUCUGUUUUUCUCUAUAGCUUUUUUUUUCUCCACCUCUCUCUCUCGAUCUCUCACAUUCUCUUUCAUUUGUUUUAUUCUCUGUCUUCUUUUCUCUCUUUCUUUCUUUUCUCUCUCUUUUCUUUCUUCUCUCUCUCUUUUCUUUCUUCUCUUUCUCUCUUUUAAGCCUCUCUUUCAUUUCCCCAAAGUUUUAUCACUCUCUGUUUUUCUCUAUAGCUUUUUCUCCACCUCUCUCUCUCGAUCUCACAUUCUCUUUUCAUUUGUUUUUAUUCUCUUUCUUCUUUCUCUCUAUUUUCUUUCUUCCUCUCUCUUUCUUUCUUCUCUCUCUCUUUCUUUCUUCUCUUUCUCUUUUUAA